ACAGUUCAUCCCUCUUUUAAUCUUUUAAAACAUAAAUACAACAUGUCUUCGGAUUUUGAAGCGUACGAGCAGGACUUUGGCACCCUCACCGCGGAAAUAACCAACAAAAUUGGAAGAAUACCCAAACUAGCCGGUGAGGAGAAGACACAGCUGGUUCUAAAUGUCGACAAACAGCUUGAAGAAGUCAGAGAGUUGCUCGAGCAAAUGGACCUGGAGGUUCGUGAGAUUCCGAUUCAGAGCCGAGCCAUGUACAACAGCCGUCUGAAGAGCUACAAGCAAGAGAUGGAGAAACUUGAGAAAGAUUUUAAAAGGUCACGUAUUGCCUACAGUGAUGAGGUGCGGAACGAACUCCUGGGGGAUGAUGUGAGCUCCUCGGAGAAUCAGCUGAUAAAGUUACGUGAAGAGAGAGCACAUCUGUUGGACAACACAGAGAGGCUGGAAAGGUCAUCUCGGAGGCUGGAAGCUGGCUACCAGAUAGCAGUAGAAACCGAGCAAGUGGGACAGGAGAUCCUUGCCAACCUGAACAGCGAUCGUGAGAAGAUCCAACGGUCCCGUGAGCGGCUGAGAGAGACGGAUGCUAACUUGGGCAAGAGCUCUCGGAUCCUGACUGGCAUGCUGAGAAGGUAAGAGUAAGGAUCAUUCAGAAUCGUGUCCUGGUCUUCAUCCUGGGCGCCAUCAUCCUCCUCACCAUCGUCUUGGCCAUCUAUUUCAAUUUGCGAGGGCACUGAUCUCCACUGACUGGCCCUAUGCGUGAAUGUGUGAGUGUGUACGAGCGUGUGUGUAAGAUUAAUAGUGACAAAAGUGUUGGGCUGGAGUAAUUAGGACAAAUUGUUCACAUGAAUCAUUCCUGGUGGGCAGUGACAGGGGGCCUCUCUUCGCUGCUCUUGAGCGGAGCGGGACCGUGCCUACCCUCUCUCCCCUUACAUUUAUGCUGCGUCCAUUACUUUUAAAACUCACCGACCCAUAGAGAAACCCAGCACGGACGUGUGGACACGAGGACCAUGAUGAGAACAUCAGAUGGAUGAAGAACAGGAAGGCGAACAUCAACCUAUGUCAUAACCUGCUGUUUAAUGUUUAGUUUUGGGGGGUUUUGUAGGCGGGAAAAGGGCAUGAGAGCCUAAAGGUACCAGAAAAUCCUGUCCAUCAGGUAUAUAUAUAUAUAUAUAUAUAUAUAUAUAUAUAUAUAUAUAUAUAUAUAUAUAUAUAUAUAUAUAUAUAUAUAUAUAUAUGUGUGUGUGUGUGUGUUCGUGUGUGUGUGUGAGCCGUACACAAGGCAAGGCCCCCAGUGCAGUACCAUUUAGCACACGGUGCAGAAUCACACACUACACACAGCCCAAAGGUCACACGCCCGUCUCUCAGUCCCCCUUCAUCCAGGAUUAGUAGCUUCUCACGCUGUUCCUCUAAGGUCAGCAAAGACCUCGCAUGUGUUUAGUUAAACCAGCAGGACUGCUUUGAACAAGAAAAUAUCCAUGUCCACUCUUACCUUUACUAAUCAAAUCUGACAGCAUGAUAGUAACUGUAGUCAGUCGUACUAAUAAGAAAUGUAUUUCCUGUAUUUAUUUGUCAUUUCAGAUGAAUUGUACUGUAUUUUUCGCUGUAUCUUUCUUUCAAUUUAUCUGGAAUUUGUUUUAGCCAUUAGUGUUUGACAUUAAAAUCACAUCAUUUGUCUCUACUGUA